AUGCAGAACACUCGUAAACACCAACUUAUAGAACGAACAGACUAUAAAGCUAGAUCGCCCAAGCGACGGAAGUUUGGUACAACUGCUGGCGGCGGGAAGUUUCGGUCUUCAGCCUCAAGUCCACAAGCGGCGUCGAACAGUCGCAUUGCGGAACAAAACUCAAGCAAAGAAUCACACAAUACAACCCAAUCCACGACUGACGAGCGUAUCUUCGACGAAGAGAACGGCAUUUGGCCUGCACGCGCUAUACUGAAAGAGCGCAGGAGGGGUGCAAACAGAAUUGAGUAUCUGCUUGCUUGGGAGCCGCAUCCUCGUACUGGCAAGACAUUUGAGCCGACUUGGGAACCCCGUCGGAAUCUUGGAACAGCACUUCUAGAACCGUGGGAUCAAGCGAAAACAGCAAGCAAGAUCGAAGACUCGGCCUACCAGCUACGCAAGAUCUGCCAGACCCCUGCGGAGAAGAGAAAGACCAAGCGAUCGAGACCAAUCAUCGCAGAUUCCUCCAGCGACAUCGACGACCCGGCCGCUUCGACACCGUUGUCUCAGCCACCUAGUCUGUACAGGGAAAGCGAUCUGUCUGCCGAAGACGACGACGGUCCAAAUUCGCCGUCGCUGGAAAUAGCAGAGACACAGGCGCAAUCGUCACUCUCUACCGUAGAUUAUCAACACAACUUUGUCUUGGAGGUACCUCUUCUUCCAGCCGACCAGCGCUCAAAAGGUGGCAACGACUUCGUGCACCAGACACAGCAGUCGAUCGGCCAGACGCCAGCGCAAUCGCUCCCACAAAUUACCUCACUACCAGAAACAUCCCAGAGGGCCGCCGAUCAGCACGUUGCCGAAACGCUGGUAACAGAUCGCUCUGCGCAAAGAAGAACUUCAACGCCCGAGCCUGCUGAUAGUAACGCGGACUUGCAAUUUGCAGCGAUUGCCGGACACCGAGCAGCCCGUCUGGCAUCCCCAUCGUCAGCGGCGGACAACGAUCAAGACCAACUUUUGCCCACGGUCGUCGACGUCAACGCCGAGGUGCAAACCCAAGCACCUCCCAAACACGAAGAGCUCGGGUCGCAGAUCCAAUCAUUUGAGAACGACGGUCUACUUCAACUUGCGUCUGGUGUUGUCGACAGUAACUCUGAGGUGCAAAUCGCCGCAUCUUCAGGAAAUCAGGACAUCCUGUCCGCCUUUGCUUCAUCAGCACCAGCAAUUCAGGAGUCACCUGUCGAUAGCAGACUUGGACUCGACCACAUCCUGAACAAAGGCUUGACGGACGUGCAAACAGGUGCCCAUCCGCAACUGCCGCAAAGCGCGGUCGAGCCACAAUCGCUGCCAAGCCUGGAGCCGAUCGUUCCUGGACUAGCUCAAACACAAGGUACUCCCUCCGUUACAUCCUCGUCCUGGCACUUCGAGUCUCAACUGCCUGAAAUUCGUCGGGCGAUAAACUCACGAACCAUAGAUACUCGUCGACAGAAAGGCUCGCCCAAGCGCUCCGCGCCUGUCACUCCCAAGAAGAUGGACGUACCAGCACUUCGGCAGUCACCCCGCUUGCAAGCUGCGACACCUGUCUCUCGAACACGAUCACCUCAACGUGCCCAGCAACUCCGUCGCGCGCGUACGCCACAAGCAUUUGGCGAGAGUAUAAAUCACGAUGCUGCAUUGGCAAAUGCAGUGACAAGUCCACUUGCAACAGCGCCUCCCCACAUUGCAGACUACACAUCACCAAGUCGUGCAGAAGUCUCACUUCGAGGCGAUGUGUCGGAUGUAAUUCCACCAGCUGAGAACAGCUACGACCCGAGCCAAGUCAGCGCGCUUCCUAUCCAACAAUCUAUCGAGGAAGAGCCUCCUGCAGCAGAGUCAGCCACGUCCUCGAAGCCCAGUUCUAGUCAAACCUCAAUGCUGAAUGAGCGCAUCAAACUCCAAAUCGACGGGGCCAGUCUCCCCACCCAACCGGUCGUUGGCCAGGGAGAGUACCUAAUUGGUCUUCCAGCAGAAGGGAAGAUUCAGUCUGUCUAUAUCGACCACAUCAAUGCAAAGCGAAAGCUGAUAUUGAAAUUCAUCCAUCGCCGUGGAUCUGUAGGUUCGGCGACCGGAUCUACCAGCAGAACUAUUGAGCGCAACGAGAUGAUUGAAUUGAUUGAGUUACUACAGGAUACAACAACACAUAUGGACCUCGGUCUGCCUGGCUUUACUCAGUACUCAAUCCGGUCGGAAGAAGAAGUGGCAUAUGCCGAAUAUGCAGGAUCGAAGUUCGUCUUUCUCGGUGCACUCGUGAACAUGCUCAAACGAGUGGACUGCACGUUGAUCAUCGCUUGCAAGCCGGGCCCUGUGCAAAACCUGCUCACGGAGUACCUGACCAUGCGACAAAUCCAGGUCAGAAGACAUGAUCGUCCACCAUCAGCUCGCGCAGGAACUCCCGAGGCUCUGCGGGACACCUUGAAGGUGGACAUUAUCAGCACAACUGCGGAUGCCGACGUCUUCGUCUCUCCGCGUCCUGUCAUGAUGCUCGCAUUCGACUCCUCCUUCGACAAUCAAAGCCCUCACAUCCUUCGGAUCCGGGAGCUGCACUCCAAGGGCCGCAACCAGCUACUUCCCGUCGUGCACCUUCUGGUGACAAAUUCAGCAGAGCACAUAGAUCGGUGCCUUCGCAAAGCAAUGCCGUCACCGCAGAGGCUGAAACUUCUUGUGCGAGGCACGUAUCUUGCCCGGACACAUCUGGGCGGCAGCUUUGCCUAUCUCCCAUUGCCUGAGGAGCCGGCUAUCCCUCUGAUGCAUUCAGGUGAAACUCAACGGGUGGUCCGCAAGAGUGCAAAUAGAAUGAUCAAUCACGCAGCUGCCAUUGCAGCCAGAGCUGCUUUAUGCGCAGAUUUCGAGGCAAAUUGGGACAUCGUACCCAUUCAGGAGGUGGAGUACGACGAAAUGGACGAUACGCCUCCAAAAUUGAGCGAGAACACGACUGCAGCUGGCACGGCAGCACCAACACCUCGCGACGGUCGUCUCAGGACAAGAUCCCCGGUGUCUCGGUCAGCCACGCCAAUGGGCAGGAAGCGUAUGCUCGAUACGGAUGCAUCGACCUCUGUCUUCUACAAGAGGCAACGUGUGACGCCCAUGCGAGACCUUACCCCGACCAGAGACAACUCAUCAGAUCAUGCAGCGAUAGAACACAUGCGAGAUCAGCUCAAGGCUAUGUCCACAGAACUUGCUGCUGAGAAGAAAGCGAGAGUCGAAGCCGAAGAAGCUCUCAAAACAGCAAAACAAGAGCAGGCGAGAUCUGAGGCUACCGCUGCAGAAUGGCAGAGAGAUCACAAUGGUCUAAUUCAACGCUACGAGAAACAGCGCGAGCACAAUCGCACGAUUUACAAGCAGAAUAAGAAGCUGGCCGCGACCAAUGAGUCUAUCAAAACCCAAAGCGAGAAGAUCCGUGAGACCAACACGAUGCUCCGUACGGAGAACGCAGACCUCAAGAAAGACCUAGCGGAUGCCCGGGCUGCCCUUACUUCCUCUGAUAACCCAGAUGUCGCUACGCUCGAGAUCGCCCGCGCUCGCGCACAGACCGCCGAAGAGCGUGCCAAGGGUCUGGAGCGAUCUCUCGAGAACACGAAGCGUGACUUCGAAUUCACGCGUCAGCAAUACCAAAGUGCUUCAGCUCAAGCAGUCGACCUGAGCUCCGAGAACAGUAGCCUCGAGAAAGAGGUCGCAGCACUAAAGAUCAAAGCCAGCGACGAGCCGCGGCGCUUGAAAGAACUCAAUUUCGCUGAAGAGAGGCGUACCAUGGCAAUGGAAAGCGAGAAGCUUCGCGCAGAAAAUCGUAAUCUAGAUACGCUGCUGCAGAAGAUGUAUGCUGAGAACAAUAUGUUGAAGAAAGGAAGAGGAGUGCAGACCAGGGGUAGCAGCGCACAGCCGCCGAAUUCGCCAGGCUUAGGAGGAUUCAAUCACGGUGCAGAGAGCGAAGGGGAGGCGUCGAACUUGGACAGCGAGGGGAAAGAGUCGGACGCGGACAUCGGGGGAGAGCAGUCGGACUCAGACAGCGAGGGCGAGGAGACGAGACUCGCCGACCACAACGAUCCAGGGCUUCGCGAGACUACGAGGGAAAGCUUGAUGAGUCUACCUCGUUCUACAACACGAUCCGGCGCCCCGCCCAUACCUCUGCUCCAGCUACGCAGUUGGCACUCAUCGCCAUGCACACAAGACCGAGUGACGCACGCCCAACUCCAGGCUAUAAACCACGAUGAAAGGGCCGCUAAGUCCGUCCGAGUCCAAGGCCUUGUCCGGAGCAUACGCCGGCAAAAGCGCAUAGCGUUCAUACACAUUGCCGAUGGCAGCACCUCCACGCCUGUCCACGCAGUGGUCCAACCUCCCUCUCUUGCCGCCUCGAUCACAAAUGGUUCAUAUGUCGAUGUCAGCGGUCGCUGGGAAGUGAGUCCUGGCAAAGGACAAAGUCACGAUCUGCAGGUUGAGGCAAUUAACGACGUCGGACUCGGCGAUGUCCUUGAGCAGGAUGGCAGCGUGGGAGAGAACCCUAUACAGAAGAAGGCCACGAGUGCAGAUUUCCUGAGAAGUGUGCCACAUCUGCGGAUGAGGACUGGGCUAGGCUCUCUUGUGGCACGAAGUCGUGCUCAACUCACGCGAGCAGUUGCAGACUACUUCGAGAAUGGAAGCAGUGAGCCGGCGAUACAAGUUCACCCACCUGCAAUUACGAGCUCGGACUGCGAAGGCGCUGGAGAAGUCUUCACUAUCGCGCCAGCUGACGCGGCACAGCUUCCACCCGUACGGAGCGAGCAACAGCACUUCUUCGGUGGGCCAAAGUACCUUACAGUCUCGAAUCAGCUACACCUGGAAGCAUACUCCGCUGAGCUAGGCGAUGUCUGGUGUCUUGCACCUACAUUCCGUGCUGAGGCUAGUGAGACACCUCGCCAUCUGGCUGAGUUCUACAUGUUGGAGGCGGAAUACCGGGGCACUAGCUCUGUUCACGAGAUCAUUGAUCAUGCUGAAGCAUUGAUCAGACAUGUUGCCGGAGACUUUGUAUCAUCGCGCGUGGGAAAAGAGCUGGCGGCAUACUACAGCGAUCCAACCAAGGCGGCCACCUCCGACGUUGAAGAAGGCGCAGCGAAAGAUCUCGAGACCAGGUGGAAUGCUGUAUUACAGGACGAGCCGUGGAUGCGGUUGACAUACUCCGCUGCCUUGCAACAGCUUCAGGCGGCUUACAAGGAGAAGGAAGAGCUAUUCGAGUUCAAGCCCUCCUGGGAUGGUGGUCUAGCGCUCGAACAUGAGAAAUGGCUGGUCCGUGAGGUUGCAGGAAAUCAUCCGUUGGUGAUCAUGGAUUACCCGAAAGCCCAGAAGCCAUUCUACAUGCUGCCAAAUGAUGAUCCGGCCAACCAGUCACCGAACGAAUCAACCGAGCAAAGGCAGACAGCAGCCUGCUUCGAUAUCCUCCUCCCAUUUGGCUAUGCUGAGCUCUGCGGCGGCAGUCUGCGUGAGCACAGGCUAGAGGCACUGAUUGCUACGAUGCGCAAUACGGGUCUCUUGAAGCCGAAGAGGUCGGAGGAACCAUCGUCAGCACCUGCUGCAGCAGCUUGUGGUGCUGGCCCGUCUCAGGUCUCAACGACUGCCUCAUCUCCGGCCAAGUCAGCAUAUCCAUACCUCCAUGAAGGCGAGUCCCUGAAUUCACUCCAAUGGUACGCGGACCUUCGCCGCUUCGGCAGCUCGCCUCACGGCGGCUUCGGAAUUGGAUUUGAUCGCUUGCUAGCAUAUCUGGUGGGUGUCAGUAACAUCAGAGACGUCGUUGGGUUCCCGAGGGGGUUCAGAAGAUGUGACUGCUGA